CGACGAGCUGAGAAAAGCGGAGAGUCGAGUGCUGAAAUCUGAGACAUACUAUGGUAAAUAUUGAGUUUAUUAAAGAGGAGAUUGAAGACAUGAGUGAUUCAGAACCAUCCAGAAUAAAAUAGAAAGAUACCGAGAAACAAACAGAAUCGUAAGAGAACCACAACUUCCAAUUAACAAUAACAACAACCCAAUCUAUCCAGAAUCACACAGCUCUAUUUUGCAAACAGCUCUUAAGUACAAACUCCAGGUGCAGCAGCUGAAAUCUGUGUGACUUUUAAAGAUGGAGUUUGUUAAAGUGGAGAUUGAUGACAUGAGUGAUCCAGAACCAUCCAGAAUAAAACAUGAAGAUACUGAAGAACAAACAGACUGGAUGGAAGUAAAACAGCCAAGACAUGAGAUAAAUGAAGUGGAGGAGGAACACUGUAAAAUCAAAACUUUAAGACAAAAAGCCGAACUGCUGCACAUCUGCUCACAGUGUGGAAAGUGUUUCAGAGAAAAAGGACACCUUAAUAGACACAUGAGAAUCCACACUGGAGAGAAACCACACACAUGCCCUCAGUGUGGAAAGGGUUUCACUGAUGCAGGAAAUCUCCGUAAACAUCUGCUUUUUCACUCUGGAGAAAAGCCAUUUAAUUGCGAUCAGUGUGGUAAAAAGUUUAUUUCAUCAUCAAGUCUAAAACAACACCAGCAAGUUCAUUCAGAUGAGAAGCCUCAUGUAUGUUCUUACUGUGGAAAGAGGUUUUCAUGGCUGGCCAAUUAUAAACAGCAUCAGAAAAUACAUAAUAAUGUGAAAGAGUACAUAUGCAUUGAAUGUGGGAAGAGCUUUACUAGAGCUGACUAUCUGGAACAGCACCGAAGAAUUCAUACUGGAGAAAAACCUUACAAGUGCUCAUAUUGUGACAAGAGUUUCAUUCUGUCUGGAAACCUGAAAGCACAUGAGCUAGUUCAUACUGGAGAGAAACCGUAUCACUGUAAUCAGUGUGGAAAGAAUUUUGCUGGUCCAUCAGGUCUCAGUUAUCACCUGCACAUUCACUCUGGAGAAAAGCCAUUUAGCUGUGAUCAGUGUGGUAAAAAGUUUAUUUCAUCAUCACGUCUAAAAAGUCACCUGAAAGUUCAUUCAGAUGAGAAGCCUCAUGUGUGUUCUUUCUGCGGAAAGAGUUUUUCAAACCUGGACAGUUGUAAAAAGCAUCAGGAAACACAUAAUGAAGUGAAAGUUCAUGUGUGUUGUGAGUGUGGGAAGAGCUUCACUACAGCUGCCUAUCUGAAACAGCACCAAAGGAUUCAUACUGGGGAAAAACCUUACAAGUGCUCAUAUUGUGACAAGUGUUUCAUUCAGUCUGGAAACCUGAAAAAGCACGAGCGAGUUCAUACUGGAGAGAAGCCGUACCACUGUACUCAGUGUGGAAAGAGUUUCACUCAGUCAUCAGCUCUAGUGACUCAUAUUAAAAAGCAUUGUUCUGUGUCAGAGUGAGUCAAUUUUUACUACCAAUUUAACAGUUCAAGUAUAUACUGUAAGAUUCAGAUACAGUACAUAAGAUUAGUGCAAAUGAUUUUGCACUAAUGAUAAUGUUUUGCUUUGAAAUGUCACAAGAUUUGUGGAGAUGUUUUUUUUUCUAUUAAUGUAUAAGUGCAAUAUUAUUAUAAAUAUGCAACAUAAAAAUUGUGUAGGCUUUGUA